AUGAUCAUAGAAAUAGUAGAAACCCGAGCUGCAGAAAGGUUAGUCUUCAAUUGUAUUUUCAUCGGUGGACACAGAUAUAUAUACCGCUCCCGAGUGGUACUGACUUUCGAUCAUGCGUUCUCGCCCUCAUAUGACAUGGCUCUCGUCGAUGAACUUCGGCAGAUUUGCUCAUGGCAGGUGCGUAUGUUGAUGUAUCGCGGGCUGUGAAUUAGUUUGCAACACUCCAUUCCCUCAACACAAACACAGAUAGGGUCAUCGGGCAGCGUCCUGCGCCAUGUCGUGUGCUGCGUUCCCUUUGUGAGAUUCCAGUCUGAUCCAGUCAUGCUUCUUCACGAAUAGCACCCGGGAACCAACAGUCAGUAUUUCGGAAUGAUGAAUAACGAUUAACAACCGGCUCACUCUUGCGCUUUCUUUUU